CGCUGCAUCUCCAGCUGCAUUCUCAACCAACGACGGGUCCACUACCUGCAUACUGUCUUGGGCGGCAUAGAGUCGACGCCAGUGGGAGAAGCUGUCCCGACUACUGCUUUACCCGUCCAGUGUGCCCUGCUACAACUGGCAACGCGCGCACGCGCUCCUGCCCCCAAAGGAAAACCCGCCGUAAACGUCACCUCCCGUCACAACUCUCCGGCUGAUAAAGCGUUCCAACCCCGCGGUCAUGACUUGAGGGAUACAGAAACGAGGCACACCCCGCGGGAAUCUUUGAAUGAUAUUUACUUUUUCUCCCCCCUCUUCUUCUUUUUUCUUUCUUUUUUCCCCCUAGUUUCGACAAGUUCGAUUAACACAGAACGCAGCCAUGGCUCGGAGAUAUAUGAUCCCGUGGCUGUAUGACUUGGGGGUGUGGAUUUUCACCCUCUGUCUGGAUAUCUUCUUUCGCGAGGUCUACUCUCGCGGUGCAUGGCGGAUCCCCAAGCGGGGCCCCGUAAUUAUCGUCGCGGCGCCCCAUGCGAAUCAAUUCGUGGAUUCAAUCCUGCUGAUGCGCAUCAUGAAGCACUAUGCGGGCCGUCGCAUUUCGUUCCUGAUCGCCGACAAGUCCAUGCGCGAACCUUACAUUGGGACUAUGGCUGGAUGCAUGGGUGCGCUGCCUGUCGUGCGCUCGAUGGAUCAUGUCAAGCCAGCCAAGGGUGAGAUCUACCUCCCAGACCCGGAGAACGACCCCACCCUGCUGAAGGGACGUGAUUGCGAUUUCACAAGUGACCAGUUCAUGGUGGGUGGGACCAUCAUUCUGCCCCGUGUCGGCAAGUCGAGCCCCGAGCAACAGGCAAUCGAAGAGAUCAUCGACGCGAAUACGAUUCGACUGCGCAAGCCGUUCAAGACUUUCGACAAGGACCACCCUCUCCACGAUGCUUUGCGCAAGGGAACCCCGUUCAAGAUCGCUCCCCAUAUUGAUCAGAGCAAGAUGUUCGAUGCGGUGUACCGUGAAUUGAUUGCCGGUGGCUGUAUUGGUAUCUUCCCUGAAGGUGGCAGUCACGAUCGUCCUAGCCUUCUUCCCUUGAAGGCUGGUGUGGCUAUCAUUGCGUUGGGCACACUUGCAAUGGAUCCCAACUGUGGGCUGUCUAUCAUCCCGUGUGGUAUGAACUACUUCCAUCCGAAUAAGUUCCGCUCUCGUGCAGUGGUCGAGUUCGGAAACCCCGUUCAGGUGCACCCGGACCAGAUUGAGGCCUUCAAGGCUGGUGGAAAUUCCAAGCGGAACGCGGUGGGCUCCCUUUUGGAGACAAUUACCGAGGCAUUGACUACCGUGACCCAACAAGCUCCGGACCAUGAGACCUUGAUGGUCAUCCAGGCCACCCGUCGACUGUACAAGCCGCUGAGAAUGAAGCUUCCUCUCCCCGUCGUCAUCGAGCUCAACCGACGUCUUCUCAAAGGCUAUACCCAGUUCAAAGACGAACCCAAGGUACUUCAACUCAAAAAAGCUAUCUUCGACUACAACCGGCGGCUCCGCGCUGUGGGUAUCCGCGAUCACCAAGUUGAAUGGGGCGAUGUGAAGCACCGUCCCUGGUGGCUGGUCCUGGGCACCUUGCUCUACCGUGUCGGCGAACUUCUCACGCUGGCCAUUGGCACCCUUCCCUCUGUAGCCCUCUUCUGGCCCGUCUUCGUCACCGCCAAGGUCGUCUCCGUGAAAAAGAAACGCGCCGCUCUGGCCAACUCCGUCGUGAAGCUCGAGGGCCGUGACGUCGUCGGCAGCUGGAAGAUCCUGGUCGCCAUGGGCCUGGCCCCCGCGCUCUACACCUGGUACACGGUGAUCGUGACCAUCUGGCUUCACUACUGCCGGCACGACGGGUUCUACGCCUCGGUCGUCCCGUGGUGGUUGAACGCACGGACCUACAUUCCCGACUCGAUCCCGCUUGCGCUCUUCUCCAUCUUCUUCUUCGGCCUGAUGAUCUCCGUCUCCUUCGCGGGUCUCCGCAUCGGCGAGAUCGGCAUCGACGUCCUCAAGUCGCUGCCCCCGCUCCUCGUCGCCCUCAACCCCCGCUCCGCCAGCUCGCUGGCCAAACUCCGCGCCGAGCGCCAAGCCCUCUCCGCCAAAGUCGUCGACGUGAUCGACAACUUCGCCCCCGAGAUCUUCCCGGACUUCGAGUCCGAGAAGCUGAUCGACCACGGCCACCCCGGCGACGACGCCUACCAGUCCCGCCUCAAGAGCAUGCCCCCCAGCGAGCCCGAGAGCCGCAACCGCAGCGCCAGCCGCAACGGCCGCAGCCGCUCCCGCAGCGCCGGCUUCAACCUCUACGAAACCUUCCUCAAGCCCCUCAGCAUCAAAUCCAAAGACGAUCUCGGCGAAGUCAACCGCCGCAUCCGCGAUUCGAUGCAGGAGCGCGGCCGCCAACGUGUCCGUGCCGAGUACGAUCAGGACGGAGCGGAGGAGGAUGUCGUCUCGUUGGAUGGCUCAGCCAGUGUCGGCAGUGGUGAUCUAGUCGUGGUGGAGGAGAUGAAGAAAACGAAAUGAUUUGACGAUGCUUGAGUGGCGAGGAUGGGAUACAUCAUAGGUGUUGAGGUUCCUCUAGUUUUUUUUUUGUCUCCCUUGGUAAGGAUUGGAGGCUGAUUUAGCUGAUAUGAGCAUUGUUCUAUCGGUGCAACGUACACGCAAGUCCUGUAGCGGGUCACGUUCUGGUGAAGGUGGUUGUUGUUGUCGUUGUGGAAGUGUCGAUACCCUCUCUCAUUUUUUUUUCCCUUCCCAUGACUUUAACCUUCGAUUCCUUCUUUGUUUUUCAUGUGGUUGUUGUGCAUGUUGCAUGUUAUCCUGUUGCGUUCUGCGAGUUGAUAUAUUCUGUCUUGCGGUUAGGAAAGUGAAAUGAAUGUGACAUGUAUUAUGGGC